GAAUUCCCAUGCAUGAUAUGUGAUGCCCAAUUUCCAAUACUAUGUCAAUUACUGGAGCACAGCUACCAGCACACAAAUGAAUUUAGCCAAGUGUGUAAAAGGUGUAACUUAACCUUCAAUCACUACAAUCAUUUUGUAUUCCACAUGGCAUUUCAUUUAAGAAUGGAUAAAGAACCGGGAAUAAUAUUAGAACAG